AAAAAUUCCAUGCACAGCUUUAGUGGGCCGUGGCCCGCCUGGGUUGAGCCCUUCUCCGCUUCUCGCCUACCGGGCCUCGCUUUUAUUGAUGCGAUCGACCCCGGAGCACCACCAUGAGCCCUUGUGAGAAAACGAGGAGGCAUGGAGGAAAUCCGCAGCGGCGGCGCUGGUUGCCGAAAGAGGAGGCAGAGAGCGAACAAGUCUUCCCUCGCGCCUCCUCCUCCUCCUUCUCCUCUCGACCUCUCGUCCUUCGACCGCACCGUGUUCCCCUUGCUCUUGGCUUCCGCAGCCAACCUCCGCAACCCUCAAGCCCGAUCCAUUACCGAACGCUUCCUCCGCGCCCACCUUGCCCUCCUCAGAACAAGAAGGACGGCCCCUUCUUCCCUACCACCUCUUCCCCCAUGCUUUCUCGCUCUCCUUCCUCUCCUCCUCACGAGCAGAUGCUCUUCUGUGGCUGCGCUGAGUGCCGAGGUGGUUAGUGCCGCGGCACUCUGGUCUCUCGAGGCGAACACGAUGAUGGCAUCCGAUGAUGGAGUCAUUAAGUGUUUGGUGUGGGCACUGGGGAGCAGGAGCCGUCGAGUGGCCGAGGCAGUCUGCAAUGCUAUCAUGGAUCUUUCUAGUUCUCCGAUUGGGAGGGAGCGGCUCAGAGAUUCGUUCGCUAUUGAGAGGCUAUUAUGUUCAUUUUGUCAGAUGGCAGCAACUCCAUUAUAUAUUGAUAUUCUUGACAUUGUGGACUCUUCCAAGAUAGGGUCCAUGAGAGAAAAUAUUCUAGCGUUAUUCCUGGAUGCAGCAAUAGUCCUCGUCAAUACUUGCAGUGUGGAAUUCUUGUACCAAAUCCCAAAGGAAAUAGUCAGACGAUUUCUGCCUUUUUUGAGGGCACUGUGGGACAAGAUUCGAUGUUUGGAAUUACCAAGCAAUUACAGUCAGAAGAAAAGCUUCUUGCGUGGUACAAAGUGUGAUCUUGCUGCAACUAUUUUUAGGCUUUCCAUGAAUCAACCUGACCAUGAAACUUGGGGAUCUGAUAAGGUCAGGAUAAGUAUAUUUGGAGGAAAAGAAUCUGACUUUGAAAAUUUUGUCCUGAACUGCUGGGAGAAUUCACCGCUUAUACUAAGCGGGGCAUCUGAGAAUUUGGAGAAGGAUAGUAAUAUUUUCAGUUCUUUGAUUCACUCUUUUAAUCGUAAAAUGACUGAUGAUGUCCUUGAUUCAGUUUUACUGGGGCUGGUUUCAUGUCCGCCUAUUGCUUCAGAUGAAUUAGACAUUAAUUUUUUUCUGAAUGAGGUGAAUGGUUCAUUGGGUUCUCCAAUUAUGUAUGGACAGGACAUUAAGAUUUUGAAAACACAGGAACUAACCACUGAGUCCUUGAAUAAAUAUGUUAAAAAAGAGCUGCAUUUUUUUAAGAAUGACACUGGUCCAAUAUUUAUAGAUGCAGAUAGUGUCCAGAAGAGUAAAGAUGCAUUUCGGAAUGGUUAUACAAUUGCCCUGCGGGGUAUGGAGUUUCGGUCUGGUAAAGUUGCUGCUAUUGCAGAAGGGUUAGCAGAUCUGUUUGGUCAACCAUCUGUAGGGGCCAAUUUGUAUAUGACGCCUCCUGGAUCUCAAGGUCUGGCCAAACAUUAUGAUGACCACUGCGUGUUUGUGUGCCAACUUUUUGGGUGCAAGCAAUGGACCAUUUCGCCUCGUCCAACAUCUAUACUGCCCAGGUUAUAUGAUCCUAUUGGCAGCUUGCAUGGUUCAGAGAGCAGCAUGAAUGGAAGCAUGCAGAUUUUACUCAAAGAAGGGGAUAUUUUGUAUGUUCCUCGAGGUUAUCCUCAUGAGGCUCAUACAAUCAUUGAUGAGUAUGAAUAUCGGAGUAAAACAUCUAAUGACUUUUCCUUGCAUUUGACACUUGCUGUUGAGGUUGAGCCUCCUUUCGAGUGGGAAGGUUUUGCUCAUGUUGCUCUCCAUGAGUGGAAUGAGAAGCAGAAGCAAGCAUCAUGUCAACUUUUUGAUUCUAAACUAGAAACUUCAAGGACUAUGUUUGUACUUCUGCUGCAUGUUGCAAUCAGGCUGAUCUCUGAUCAUGAUCCUAUCUUCAGGAAGGCUUGCAUGGUUGCUGCAAAACAUUGGUCUGCUGAUACCGAUGUGGACCAUCGUGUACAGACUCUUUUGUUAAGCCAAAGAGCUACAUUUGGUUACAUAAUUGAGAGAAUUCAUGCUAGCUCCAACUGCAUUGAGGCAUUCAGGAUCAUAGAAACAGUUGUUCAGGAAAGAAGUGAUGAUUCCUUGCAAUGGAUGAGAUGGCUUCAACAUCUGCCUCAGCAUGGAGAUGUUGAUGAAAAACUAGAUUUUAAUAAUCUGGUGGGAGUGCUUGAUGACCUCAUUGUAUUAUAUAAUGAGGAUAAUAAGAAGGCUAUGAUCGAAUUUACUCAGUUUAAGUCCAAAUUUUGUAGGUAUGUCAUAUUUGAAGAUGCAUGUAAAAGCUUUGGUAUACUGCUUGAAAAGUACAGAAAAACCAGGAAACAAUAUAUGAAGGGGAUGUUGUCACUCCAUUCUAAAAAUAGUUAGUGAUAACUGUGAUAUUGUUCUCAGUGAUCCAGGAUUUCACAUCUAUUUACCUUAAAUUACUGACUUGUAUUUAUGCAAGUUUAGGACCUGAGAAGUUCGAUCAUUCAACUCAUGCAUGUCCUCAAUUGUUGGGCAGCUGUAAAACAUUGACAGACACCAAUGUCAUAAAAGAACUACUUUUUUGGUUAAAUUUUAAAGCUUGUUCAGCUGCCAGAGUUGUCAAGCUGCAGUCAUUUUUCUAACAUUGUAUAGGGAAUCCAACAUGAGUAGGGAUGCAGUAUCAGGAUAACUUAUUUGGGUUUGUUAGUAGUUCUGGAUAUUGUGAGCUGGGUAAACACUCAAGUGGUUGAAUCAGACAGUGUUUGCUCUUUCAAUAUCAGUAUAAUUUGGUUGGCUUGUGCAUUAUCAGUGUUUCACCGUGAAUCGGGAGAAACAGAAGUACUGAAUCAACUCAGUUCUCUUAAGGCAUUAGACUGAACAUGCUGAAUUUGGCAACUACAAAUGCCUUGAAUUUCUCUUAAAACCAUAAUUAAAAAGAAAAAGUGGCACAGAUGCACAGAAAGUGAGCAUUGGUGUUGAAGGCCACAAAGGCAUUACAGCAUACUGCUAUAGGCCGUAUGAUUUGCUGGAUCUGAAGAGUUAGCUUUGAAAAUGUUGCUGUUACUGGAACUGUUGUUUUGUUCACGGGAGAGAGAAGCACUGUUUGCAGAGAUGCCUACAUUCCUUAGGUGGCCAUCCCAGUUCCUGAGGUACGGAAAGCUUUAUUAUAUGCCAUUCAGUAUGCAUCUAUUUAGCUAUGUGGAUUGCCGAUGUUUCAGCUAAAUAUGUAAUCGUCAAAAGUGAAAUAUUUGAAGUAGCAAAUAUGAGCUUUAAUUGCAGAAGUAUUUGAAGCUAUAAGCACAUAGAGUUACAUUUUUCACUUGAAUUGUUGAUUCUUCUAGUUCUACCAUAAUUUUAGGAAAAUAUGAUGUUUUGAUUGGGAGAUGGUAUCAGUUUUUUGUGAUGCCACAAUCAAAGGAAAGAGCUAUUGAUUGGAAAUUAAACUUCUGCUAUAGUACCUUUGCCGACUCCAAUGAACUUUAAGUACAUAAAGGUAUUUUAUUGAUGAUGUUAGUUUGCAAGUAUAUCCAGAACAAAUUCUUUCAUUUGUCACGAAGUCUUGAUCGUGGCCAACCAGAUUUUAUAUCUGCUCUUCAUUUGGAUACACCAAAAUUGAGGGAAUUCAUGGGGGCAUUAUUUAUUUAAACCCCGAUGUGAGGAAAGAUAUGCAUCAGAUAUUAUUGAAUAUUAGCAUCAUACUUCACAAGAGGUUAAAAAAACAUGAUAACGUAUAUGUCUUUUUUCAUGAGAUUUGGGCAAUUGGCAAAAUUUUGAGGAGGUAAUUUUCUUUUAUUAGGACUAGGUAAUUCUACUGUGUAUCUCCCUCCAUUUCUCAUUUUUUUUUUCUUCCUAUUCCUCAAUAAUUGGUAAAAUGCACAAAUAUGCUACAGUAUUAACUGGAUUAGAUCAAGAUCCAACCUAGUCACCUCUUGGUCUUUAAUCUAAUGACUGAGAGACGAGUCAAAAUUGUAAUUGCAACCUUCCAAGAUAUACUCCCUGCAAGCCUGCAGUCUUUGCAAUAAUUUCAGGGAGAAUCUUUAGAUGAUUGAUAAAUCCAAUUGCUGCUUAAACUGUACUUUUGUUGAGAUCACAAAUUUAUGGCCUGCUUUCCUGUGCGGUGAAUUAUCUGCAAUGAGUAGGAACGUCACAACCUGAUCCGUGGAGAAGAUGGAGGUUUGUGCUUAAUGUUGGUUGAGGUAGUUGGCAGGAAAGUCUCUGGCAUUCUGAAAUAUAUUUCUUCCAUGCACAGAAGCCUGCUGACUUUGAAUUUGUGCUUGGCUUGGGAAGGUCCAUGAGAAUUAUGAUUUGGCAUACUUGGUUAGCGGCUCGGUGAGCUGGGUUUUGCUACAUCUUGCAUGAUUAACUUGAGUAUGGUUUUGCUUCACCAUAACCACAUUAUGGGAUUGUGUGGUUGGCUAAAGAGGGAUUGGUGGCAAUGCUCAAGCUGGUGUUGAAAGGAUGAUGUAAUUGACAUUAAAGAGUAUUGCUGCUCUUGGUUGCAACUGUUCAUUUUGUGCGUGCCAAAAUGUGAUGGGAUCUUUAUUAUAAAUUGUUUUCAGGGUUCAAAAUAUGACCUGAUUUGGUAAUGCAGAUUCAGAGUUUGUUUUAUGAAUCCCAAAAUGUAAAUGCUGUAGUCCUGCAAUGCUAUAACCUUAUAUUUUAAAAAUGCCUUCAGCAGUACAUAUAUCCUCGAAGAAUGGUACAUCAGAGGACCCGUGAAGCAUGGUACAUCAGGGGAAUGGUUCCUUACCCCUUUAGAAGCACUUAUAUGUGCAAAUGAAGCAAAGCAAGGUCUAUGGUUUGGGAUGCUUGGGCUGUGGAGAAGGAUGCGUUGUCGCUCCAUGGUAAUCUGCACUGUAAACUAGCCCUCCCUCGUUGUCAUCAUUGUGCUCUCCGCCAGCAGAACCUUCUUUGGCUUCUGAUUUCUUCAUUCCAUGAGAAAACUUAGCUCCUUCCCAAGCCGCCUGCUUAAAAUUUGGUUUACUAUGGUUGGAGAUAGAGAGAAGGGCGGACUAUCUGUGGAUGGCUGGUGGGAAUGAUAUAUGGCCAGCACAAGAGCACACAAAAAUGCGACACAGAGCAGUUGCUUCAUGUUGGUGGCUUGAAGAAGUCCCCUCUUGGUGGGGAGGAAGAAAUUGUUCAGGAGCGGGCAAUAUCAAAUGGAUGGAGGUGAGACGUCAAUAAUUGAAGCAAUGGGAAGAGAACAUGGUUGUGGGCAUGGUCUGGAUCCUGUUGUACCUAAGAAAGGGAGGCAGCACUAGGCCCCCAAAUUGACCAUUACUGUUGUCUGCCCUAACCUCUGACCUCUACCUACUGUCCCCUAUGCUAUGCAAACGCAUCAGGCUGUUAUCAGGACCCUGGCCCAACCCAAAUCAACCCAAAUUGGUUUCAGGUCUACCUUUCAGCUUCCAUGUCCUUAUUUUUCUUCAGGGACUAUGGUGUAUUAUCGGUGGUGGAAGAACAAGACUGCUCACAGAAGAUGCCUUUGUCCAUGUCUGUCUUCGACCAAUUACAGAGGAGCUAUCACAGUCUGGCCAAACUUGAUAUUUUAAUAAUCGACACAGACAGCAGUCUCUUAGCGAGUCUCGUGAAGAAAAAAUUGUGGAGUUUAUUCUUUGGUCUUAUCGUUUCAGAUUCAGACUGUCUUAUCCUUUUGCUCUGCUUGCAGAAAAAUGCUCUCAUCCUGGUCUUUCACACAUUAUAUCGAAUAUUGGAUACUUUUGCAUAUACCAUUAUCAUUUUCUAUAACUUCACUCGGAGUGUUGUAUUUA